UAUGAGAGGCAGAUCAUGCCUCAGCUUUGGAUUCAUCCUAAACGGAGAGCAAGAGGUCGCAACCACCACCAACGACAACCAUGGCUAAGAAGGUCAUUGCAGAGUGCCAGAGAAAGGCCUUUUUCGGCUAAGAAGCAAUCGAUGACAGAGAAGGCAUUUUUUGGCAGCGAAGCAAUGAUGACGACCGUGGCUCGUCUUGGCGUCACGAUUGCCUGCGGUGAAGGCAUUCUUCGGUCCAUGGCGAAGCAAUCGGAGAAUCAAUGCCGAUGGAAUAGAUCUUCGUCUCCUGUGGUGAAUAAAGGGCAACGGAGUUGGUCCCCUGUAGACAGUGGCAGGCUGGCGACGGGAUGGUGGUGGCAGGUGGCAGGUGGCCGGCGUCGGGAGCCCGAUGGUGGUGGCUGGUGGCAGGAGUUUAGCGGUGGUGGCCAGCGGCAAGAGUCCGAUGGUGGUGGCCAACGGCCGGAGUCCAGCGGUGGUGGCCAGCUGCGGUAUUCCAACGGUGGUGGCCGGCGGUGUUAGCCGGUGGUGGCCGACGGCCGGAGUCCAGCGGUGGUGGCAGCUGCGGUAUUCCAACGGUGGUGGCCGGCGGUGUUAGCCGGCAGCGGGAUUCCGGCGAUGCAAGCCGACGGCAGGAUUCCGGCGUAAUGGUUAGCUAGAUAUAGACAUGUGGCAUGAUAUGCUUGCCUUAAAAAGAGUGGCAUUGUGUGUAAUUUUGAUAUUGUUUAGUGAUAUUUUUGUAAAAUUAGGUACUACAUUUUGGUCUUUGGCCUUAUGAUAAUUAGAUGAAAUUGUAUUCCUAUCUUCCAAAUUAGUAAA